UGAACUGAGAACCAUCAAUUGUUUAUUUGUUCAUUUAUUUCCCGUUUCUUUAAAUACAUCUUUACCAUGUCAGCAUUAUCCCCUGCAGGAUUCUCUUGGGCUACAAUUCCCGCUCGAUUGGAAGUUAACUUCUGGUAAUGGCCGCAUUGGCAGUGCCCAUUCCAGUUUCCCCGAACAGUGAGAGUACCUAUUACGGUACUGUGUUGAUCAAGUGUACAAAGCUCAAUUCUGUGGCAGAGGGGAAGGUCAUCCAUGCCCAAAUAAUCAAACAUGGAUUUGAAGUUGGAGCAUUUCUGGGAAAUUGUCUUGUGAACAUGUAUUCCAAGUGUGGGAGCAUUAAGGAUGCACGCAGUGUCUUUGAUAAUAUGGCUCAACAAAAUUUGGUCUCCUGGAAUGUCAUGAUUGCAGGCUAUGCCCAGCAAGGGUUUGGUGAAGAAGCACUUAACCUGUUUGAAGACAUGCAAUGGGUUGGUAUGAUGGCUAAUGAGUACACUUUCUGUAGCUUUCUGAAGGCUUGUGCUACUUUGACAGCUUUAGAAGAAGGCAAUCAAGCUCAUUGCCACAUUGUAAAACUGGGGGUUCAACAGAAUAUAUUUAUGGGAAGUGCUCUGGUUGACAUGUAUGGUAAAUGCAGCAGCAUUGAUGAUGCUCACAAAGCCUUUGAAAGACUUUCCGAGAGAAAUGUUGUAUCAUGGAAUGCAAUGAUUGCAGCAUAUGUUCAGUGUGGCCAAAUGAAGGAUGCCUUGAAACUCUUCUCUAAAAUGCUGACGGAAGGGAUAAGACCAAGCCAUGUCACCUUUGGCUUUGUUCUAAAGGCCUGUUCUAGCCUACAGACUGUGGAACAGGGUAAGCAACUUCAUGCCUGCGUUUUUAAAAGUGGAUUUGGGUUACAUCUGUUUGUUGUGAGUGCUGUAAUUCUUAUGUAUAUGAAAUGUGGUAGCAUAGACUGUGGUCGACAAUUGUUCGAUGGAAUGAACAAGGUAGAUGUGGGAUUAUACAACGCUACAAUUCAAGGAUAUGCUGAUAGAGAGCAGUAUGAUAAGGCAAUGGAGUUUUUCUGUCAACUAUUAAGAACGGGCAUGAAACCAAAUGAAAUUACAUUAGCUAUUGUUUUCAAGUCAUGCCAGGCUCUUGACGAAGCCAAGCAGCUUCAUGCAUACUUCAUUAAAUCCGUGUAUAGGGGUAAUGUUUCUUUGGUAAGUGCUGUGGUUACGAUGUAUGCUAGAUGUGGUGCAAUAGACUAUGCAGGACAAUUGUUUGAUACAAUGACUUCAAAAGAUGUUGUUCUAUACACAGCAAUUCUAGCUGCAUAUACUCAGAAGGCUUAUAUAGAUGAGGCCUUGAGACUCUUUAUCCAAAUGCAACAUCAAGGUGUGAAACCCAAUCAGUUCACCUACCCAACAGUUCUUAGUGCAUGUGCUAGCUUAGCUUCUCCAGAAGUGGGGAAACAAGUUCACUCUCAUAUCAUUAAAAUGGGAGUUAUGUCAGAUGUCUUUGUUGGCAAUGGUCUUGUUGACAUGUAUGCCAAAUGUGGGAACAUAGAAAAUGCCCGACAGACUUUUGAUAGAAUACCUAAGCAUGAUAUUGUACUCUGGAAUGUGAUGAUUGCAGGGUAUGUGCAGCAUGAAUAUGCUGAGGCAGCACUGCAAGUAUUUGAAGAAAUGCAGCAGUUUGGAAUCAAGCCAAACCACAUUACGUUUGUUUCUGUUCUAUCUGCAUGCAGUCAGUUAGGCCUUGUAGGUUUAGGCCGCCGGAUUUUUGAUUCCCUAACCCGAGUUUAUGGCAUUAUCCCAAGCAUGGAGCACUACAUCUGCAUGAUUAAACUCUUAGGCAGUGCUGGAAGCUUGUACGAGGCAGAAGAUUUUAUUAAAAACUUGCCAAUUGAACAAGGUACUUUGAUCAAGAAUACCUUACUUCACGCUCGUAGAAACAAUGAGAACAGACUCUCUGACUCAUUCAGUCGAUGUAAUAGAUAGUCAAAUGUCUACUCCGUUGACAACUGUUUGGAUGGUGUCAUGAAUAUUAGAGGAACAAAGCUCAUAUGAUAGAAAAAGAAAUGAAAGUGUAGCUUAAUUCAGGUUAAGGAUCAUCUCAAUAAUUCUUUCUCUAAAUUGGGUUGUGCUAUGUAGCAUCGCUUGGGAUUUCAGAAAGUCGCCGGGGCAUAUCAGAAAGUUCACUCUUUGACAAAUUUAUGCAUGAGAAAUACCCCGUAUGUCCCAUGCUUCGCUAUUGUCACAUUCAUUGUGCCGCAUAGAUUCUGCAAUAUGCUUUAAAACUGAAACAAAGAAAUGGGAAGGUAACUUUUCUUCUCUAGGAAGUUAUUUUCCUCCACAGGAAUCAGUUGGCAUUGGGAAUCAUCUUCUUUGUGCAGGUCCUUUUCAGAUCUUAAAUUUCACAAGAAAUCAAGAUCAUCUUGUCUUAAACCUAUAACAAAAAAACUAAUAGAAAUUCUUGAGCCAAAAGGACACUUUCAGUUACAGUUGGGCAGGUGGCAAUCAGCUAUAAAAUCCUGAUCACAUCAAAAUCUUGACCAGAAAAUAAAGUCAGCCCAAGGCAUCAAGAUAUCAGCAUAAGAAAGUUCUUGCGGACAGCAUUAAGUGCCUGCACGCCACAGAUUCAGCAAGAGUAUCACUACCAUGCAGUUCUCAGGCCACCUUUGCUUCUUGAAAAUGUCCAUUUUACCAUUUAUUUGAUAUAAUUUUUUCUCUAAUAAAUGUCAUGAGGAAUAUGGUGGAAGAUGUGCGCUGCAUUUUAUGUAGGGGCAAUAAAAAGGUAACACUUCCAUUGCCAUUUAUUAACAAGUAGUAAUUGCUCUUGGGCUCAUUAAAUAAUUCCUUGCUUGGGACAAAUAUCCAAACUUAGUUUAACAUCUUUUUGAAUGCUUUAACAUGACUUAAUAUCUUCAAGGGCCUUUUUGUUACAUCUUCCUGCUCGUGGUCUCUAAAAGAUUCAAAACCAAACCAAAAUUCUUUGUCAAGUAGCCUAGAUUUUAACACCAACAAUACUUUCAUAUCUUCAUAAGGUAUUUGAUCUUAAUUUAUCUUAAGAUGACCUUUACCCCUGCAUAUGUAGGCCAAAGAUAAAAAUAUUCUGUACUUUAAUCUGGGUUAUUAAACUCGUUCGGCUCCAUGUUUUAGGAACUGUGCUUUUGUUAAAGGACACUUGAUUUCAGCUUGGCGGUCCGGUAGUUACAGAAAUUAAAUGCCUGUUCAAGCAGCUGUAAUCGUGUCUUGUUCUAAUGCCAAGCACUGUGUCUGAAAUUUAAUGCGUAUGUUUCAACAGAGAAUUUAUCGUCUCUUUUCUUUUCAGGGUGACAGUACUUUGAGUUUUCCUAAAUGUUGAUCCUUUGUGAGCCCUUCUCAAAUGUUGUUCGUGUAAGGUUUUGAGAAGCUUUACAUUUGAAAACUAAGUCGCCAGUUUUCUUUCAGAUCCUGAUUUGGAUGCAUAGGUUCAGUUUGUGGCUCUAGUCAUAACAGUUUGGGAGUUGGGUUCAUUUUGGGUUCGUUCAUAUAAAUACCACACAGCAUCAUAUAAUAUUAUAAUCAACAAAAUCACCAUCAAAUAUCAUAUAGAUUGUAAUGUACUCUUUUCCCUAGUAAUCAUUCAGGUGUUGAUUAGUCUAUUCUUCUGUCAUUCUGGUAGACUAAUUCAGAAAUAUAAGGAUGGGACGCUGGCAUUGUCAAUUAUUUAUUGAUGGAGAAAUAAAUAAUAUUUUUUUUGAGCUCAUAAAGUAAUAUUAUAAGGGAAAAAUCACUUUUGAUUAUAAAAUUAAAUUAUAAAAAUAAAGUAACUUAAGUUAUGAAAUAAAGGCAUUUUUUUUAUUAAGAAGGUAAGAAAAUAUAAAGUGACUUUAUCAUGAAGGCAAAGUCAUAAAAUGAAUUUAUAACAUUUAUUAAGCCUUCUAGAAGUAGGACAAACUUCUUGGAGGAGGGAAAAGUUUAUUACAAAUCACACAUCGUGAUUUUGAGGUCCAAAAGCGGUUUAGAAAAUCUAUUUAAGGGGUUUCCAUCCUUCUCCAAGGAUUAUGAUAUGUUGAUUUGAUACUUGGUCAUUUCUCCUUUGUUGUUUGACAAUAGCAGCCAUAUCUGAGGAUGGAAACCCUUGGAUAUUUGUAGGUUGGACAAAAACCCAACACUACUUGAGAGGUGGGCUCACUCAGGGUUCAUCAUUGAGCAAAUUGGCAUCAUUUUGAUAAGGUUUAGAAGGAGAUUUUAUGGCUAGGGCGAUUGUGUAGUAGCAGCUUCUCCAAUAUCUUGUAGUGUAGUAUUGGAUAGUAAUCAUUCUUCAUAUUGGAGCGAUUAUUUGUAGGCUUGGUUGAUAUUGAUUCCUCCUUGCAUGUUGGUAUUGGCGCAUCUCUACAACAACUACUACACAUUGCAUAGGUCUCUCUUCUUGCAUGUCAUUCAAUCUUCUUUUGUAUGUUUCAAAUGAUCAUGCCUAUUUUAUAUCAGAAUCAUUAUCAACAGAUUUAUCUUUGUAACAAAAAAAAUCAUUGUUCAAACUUAAAGUUCAACAAUCAAUUUUCAAUAUUAUCAUUCAAAUGGAUUUUCUAAAUCAUCAACAUCAUGGACGUUGGAUGAUACAGGAGCAUUUGAAACCACAAGUAAUCUUGCUACCACUCUUAAUAAAAGUGUGUUUGCUUUAACUCCUCAAUUGCAACAUGAUGGGAAAAUGAAACAUCCAAUUCAAUAUGCUCUAACUCCAUAUUCCACAAUUUUAAGUCCCCUUCCUAUAACUAUGUUGUUUGCAGAAAAUGAGGCACAAGUUGGAAUGCACACACAUUAAGUUGUUUGUCUGUUUUUAGUGCAAUUAGUUGCACUUUACACAAUGGAUGAAAGAGUGUGCUCAAAUCUCUUUGAGAUGCAAAUAAAAUAGCAACCUAUGAGGACAAAGUAGAGAAAUAGAGUUACAAAUUAUUAAAAUUUUAAAAAUUAUAAAUGAAACUUCAAAUGUAUGUGUAUGAAUGCAUGCAUGCCAUACAUACAGACAAUAAGUUACUUGUUAUAAAACUUUGAUUGUGAGGUUGUAAGUGUCAGAAUUGUUGGUCAUUGUAGUACCAACAAUUGUGAGCAUCUUUCUUGAAUUUAUCAUGAAAAGUCUUGUAGUCACAUAAAUCUGUCCAUUUAAUUAAAUGAAUAUUUACUAUUUAUUUGAUUAAUAAACCUUCAAGAAUCAAUUAAUUAAAUUAAUAUUUAAUUAAUUCAUCAUCAACCAUUCACCUCGUAAUUAAAUAAAUUAUUCAAUUUAUUUUCAAUUAAUUCAUUAAACCAAAUUCACAAUCAAUUAUAUGAAUAAAUCUUAUUUAUUUAAUUUAAUCCCCUUUCCUCUUUUAAAUAAAUAUUUAUUUAAAUCACUAAACUACCCCCCCACUUGCAUUCUCUUACAAAUGCAAGUUGCAACCACAAUUGGAAUAAAUUAAUUUUAUUUUAAUUAAAAUCUUAUUUUCCCUCGCCCACCAAACUCACUUGCAAUCCUAAAUCCCCUUCUAGACCCUUCUAACCAUUUUCUAAUCAUUCAUAAUUAGCCUAAUCCAUCUCCUAAAUAUUGUCACAUUCCUAAGCAACUUGAAGUCACUUCUCAAAGCCUUCAAAGUCUUUGAAAAUCAUUUAAUGUUUUAUGUGUUCAACAAGCGAACCCCUAAAGUCUUCCAAACCACUAAUGGCUCUUACAUGACCAUUAAUGGCUCUUACAUAACCAUUUAUGGUUAACUCAACUCACCCGCAUUGUUAGAGACUUUACCUCUAACUCAACUCUCAUUUGACUCAUGGGUCUCUUCAAGCAUUUAUUGCUUUGACCAUGGUUAUCCUCACUAACUCUUGCACAAGAGUUUAUCCAUUGGAUAAGACAUUAUUUAUUAGAUAAUGACUUUAUUCAUUCAACUCAACAUUAACCUUACCUCCCAAGUUAACCUUCAAGUCAUGUCAAGCAUUUAAUGUUUAUUCCCUCCCCUCUCAACCCAUCUCUUAUUGACAUUUGUCAUCUUGGGAUUGGGUUGAAAGCCCUCACAUGGAUCAUAAACCCCUCAAUCCUAACCCUUGAUGAGAUUAUUCAAUCUCAACCCUUCAUUGCUCCAUUUUACCUAUAAAUAGAGCUCAUUUCUUCAUAAUCCAGAUUCUGAAAUCUUGUAUGCAUCUAAUUUAUAGGGAAAUUUAGAAAGCAUUUAGCAUAAUAAUCUACAUUUAUCUUUUUGGCUAAAAUUGACAUUAGAUAAUUAGAUAAUAUCUCAUUUUAGCUUGUUCACAUUUGCAUUCUCAUAAGCUUUCAUUCUACAAUCUUGAACUUCCAUAAGACAUCCAGAAUAGUGCAAAAAGCUAUUGAGAGCUACACUCAUUUGGGAACUUGGAGAGGAGAGGAACAAGGGAAGAGUAGCUACAAACAUGGUGGAGGGCAUUUGGAGAUGUCUUGUUGCAUUUUUUAGAUUUGUUAAGCUUUCCACUUUGUGUUUUGUGUCUCUCUUGAUAUGUUUGCUUAGGAUAAUAUUUGAUUUGUGAUUUCUAACACUAACACUUGGUUUGUUGCUUGUGUGUUUGUGUUUGUCUUAACAAUAUCCUAACAAUCCUUUUUGCAGAGCAUCAAGUCUCAAUACUUUGAUUGUUGAAGUGUAAAAAGUUAAUGAGCCCAUUCAUGAUUAUAUUUUGUAAAUCAAGAUCAAUGAAGAUUUUCCAAAAGGUUGUUGUGUACUUUUCAACAACUUCAUCAUCUCUAUAUGGGUUGAUUAUUGUUGGCACAAUAAGAAUUUUCGCACUAUAUUUUUUUGGACUCAAUGCAAAAGCAAGAGGAUUUAGUAGGGUGCUCAUUGUGAUCUAUAUAUCUUCAAUAAUUUUGUACACUUGUAUGAAGAAAGCUUCUUUAGGAUUAUGUUUUUUUCUCAUUUAUGUUGUUUUUUAUCU